AUGGAGCAAUACCACAGACUUUGGGAUUAUGUAGCUACUGUAAAAAAUUCCAAUCCUUAUAGUCAUAUUUCAUUGCAAAUUGAUAGGCGAAAUAUUGAGGAAAGGGCUACAUUUCAGAGGAUAUAUUAUGGUUUAGGUGCGUUGAAAAAUGGUUUACUACAAGGAUGUAGACCUAUCAUAGGUCUAGGUGGCUGCUUCCUCAAGAGUCCCUUUGGAGGUCAGCUGCUUACAGCCUUGGGUAGGGAUGCCAAUGAAAAUAUGUUCCUUAUUUCCUUUGCUGUUGUUGAGGUUGAGAAUUACGACAGUUGGAGUUGGUUUUUGCGGGAAUUAAUCAGCCAAAUUGGUAGAGGAAACAAAGGAGUGGCUUACACUUUCAUCUCAGAUAGGCAAAAGGGUCUUGUCCAUGCAAUUGAAGAAUUAUUUCCUGAAUCAGAGCACAGAUUCUGUUUGAAACAUAUGUUCGAGAACUUCAAACAAAGAUUCAAGGAUCAAGACCUUAGAGAUCUGUUUUGGGAGGUAGCUGCAGCAGCAAGCAUGCCGGAGCAUGAAACUGCCCUUUCAAAUCUUGAGAGGGCUGACCCACAGGAAGGUGACAAGCUAACGGUUGCGGGAUGGUUCAAACGGUUGCCUCCAAAAUUAUGGCCUAGAGCUCAUUUUAGUACAGCUUGUAGGGGUGACACUUGCGUUAACAACAUGAGUGAGUCAUGGAAUAAUUACAUUCUAAAAGCUAGAGGGGAGCCAAUAAUAACAAUGCUGGAGUGGAUUCGGAGGAGAUUAAUGCAAAGGUUGGUAACCAAACGAGAGGGCAUGCUGAAACAUGGUGGAACUUUAUGUCCAAACAUUUAUGAAAAAUUGGAGAAACUUAAGAUAAAGGCAAGAAAUUGUGUUGCGGUUUACGGAGGAAAUGGAAAUUUGGAAGUUGAUGGUUAUGGAAGGACAAAUCUUAGUGGCAUUCCUUGCGUGCAUGCGGUUGCCUGCAUUCAGAGCAGAAAGCUGAAAUUCGAGGAAUAUGUUGAUGCUUGUUACCAUAGGGAAGCAUAUUUAAGGGCCUACAACUUCACAAUUGGUCCCGUUCCUUCGAAGCAGUUCUGGGCACCUAAAGUUGGUCAAACAGCUUCAAAUGCAACAUCCGUAGCUUCUGCUGCUCAGGCAAGCGUCUCAAGUACUGCUACUACACUUUCACAGAAACAACGCCGAUUUUGGUACCUUAAGUCUCUCGAUCCACCACCAAAAUUUUGGGAGUUUGACAUUUUUGGGUUCUUCCUUGAAAUGAUAGCUGAUUUAGCCCCUCCAAAGCUUUUCUUGACCCAUCCAAAGUUGCGCUGA